AUGCAUCGAAAGUGCGAUCGCCAGUUAGAAUGCUGUGGAUUAUUUUUCAGCAACAAAGCGGCUUUGAGGGAACACGUCAUGGUUUUCCACAAUUCUGGAUAUUCUUGCAAACACUGUGACAGGAAUUUCUGUCGAAAAGCUCUUUUAAAGAGACACCUGGCAGUUCAUAGUGGUAAGAAAGAUUUCGCUUGUCAUCUUUGUGAUUAUGCCUCAAGCCAUAAAAGUAAUUUGGAUAGGCACAAAAAAGUGCACGGUAAAAAAUGCUUUCAAUGCCCUCAAUGCAAAUAUGCCACCGAUCGAAAAAACAACCUGAAACGCCAUCUCGGAACCAUGCACAAAGAUUGUGGAAAAGUUCUGCAGUGUUGUAACUCUAAUUUUACGAGCAAAGCAGCACUUCGUGAUCACAUAUUCGCCGUUCAUAAAACUGGUUAUCGUUGCCAGCAUUGC